CUUAUUCUAUACUUCACUCACAGCUAUCGUUUACUUGUCCUUUUUCGACUCCAAGACAUGGCACAAACGUCAGAGAAACACCUUUAUUCAAGAGAAGGCCUUAAAGCAAACGAAUAGGGCAGAUUUUAAAGAAAGAAUAACCUCCUUCAUGUUCACUUAGUUUUUGUUUAGGUCUGCUGUAAUGUUUUCUUGCGGGCAAUAUCAACCAUCAUAGAUCACAAGUGGACAAACCCAGACAAAUUAACAUGUUUUCCUGCUGUGUGUUCCCAAGUGGACAGGCGUAGUAAAGUCUCCUUGGGCGUAGUGGACACCAGUGCGACCUAUUUCUGCGGGGAGGUAUUUCUCGGAACAGCGGCACGUCACCCAAGGCCUCGCAUUUGCAUCAUCCUUCACAUUAGUCUCCACCUUAAGCUUCUGCAUCACCUAUACGUCCCUCCACUGUAGUCUGCGUCACGAGGGGAGACGUUCAACACUCUGGCUCCUAUAUACUGAGCUCCUAGAAACAAGCUCCAAAUCAGAUGGGGAAUUACUCAGUGAAAGAAGCCACCGAGGAGGCAAAAGCAAAUCGCAGUUUGGAUUUGUCACGCAAGUUAACCCCAAAUCAGUAUGUUAAGCAUACAUCAGGAGAGUUUAUUGAGGGUGGUCUAUUGGCUCUUCCGUGGGAGAUGUACAGUAAUACAGUCACCAUGUAUGAAAGUGUUAAUGCCAGCUUUAACUUCAUAAGUGAAAUCCCUGAGGAGCUAAGUUUGCAUGUUCCUCACCUCAAGUUUCUCAAUUUGAGCCACAAUCAGAUCACCACUCUGCCUCACUCCUUCAGCCUCCUCCUUCAUUUACGGGUGCUUGACCUCUCUUACAACAAGCUCAAGGUUGUGCCUGAGCCUCUCACUGGCCUGGAAAAGAUAGAGACUCUCAACCUUGCUAACAAUAACAUCUCUGAACUCCCAACAACCAUGGCACAACUUAUUAGUCUUAAAAAACUGAACAUAUCCAACAAUUAUUUAAGGGCACUACCUGGAAAUCUGUUUGAGUGCCCUAAUCUGUGUGUUAUUGUUACACAUGGAAAUGAGCUCAUCCAUCCACCACAAGCAAUCUGUGACACAGGGUCAGAGGCUAUACUUCACUUCCUGAGGGAAAGGUAUACACCCUCAGUACAUGCAAGACCAUCUGCAAAAGUGAGUGUCUUUACCCGCGUGAGGGGAGUGCAGGUGAUGGCCAGCGUGAGUAACCCUGAGUCGGCCAGUAUGGAGUAUCGUCAAGCUCAGGGAAUGUCACGCACCAAUAAACUCAAGUGUCCAUUAAUGCCGCCAGCCUCUGCAACCAACCUUAAACCUGAUCAGCUGACAGACUCAUUGCUUGGGCUGUUGUUUGGAAUUGCCAUCAGUGAUGCAGUGGCUCUCAACACAGAAGGACUGAGUGUUGAGGAGUGCAACUUCUUCUAUGAAACAGAAAACAUCUCCUUAGACAGCAGAAUAUGUGACCAUCUAAGGACACACUUUCCUCCCCAUGACUGGUCCUCAAACACUGAUGUUGUCCUCCUAACCCUUGAGUCAAUGAUGCGAUGGGGAGGCGUGGUGGACGAACUGGAGUUGGCCUGCCAAUUGGACCAGUGGAGAGUUCAUGGCACUCCUGACCUUGAUCCUAUGCCAGGAUAUUUUCUAUCACCAUUUAUGAAGAAGGUCAUAACAACAGAUGGAUACUCUGCCAAUCCUCAUGGAGUUUCCCAGACUGUGUACAAACAAGUGAAGAAUGAAAUGACAAGGGGAAUUUACUUGACUGAUUCACAGGACAACUCUUGCCUUCCUCCAGCCCUUGUUUUGGGGAUCCCAUGUUUCUUUGCACACCAUGAAGUAGAGAUGAAUGCUGAAAGGAUUUGUAAAGCUUCACAUGCUGAUCCAGUAGCACGAGCAGCUUGCAUAUUCAUAGCACUGCUUGUCGCAUCACUUCUUCAGGGGAAAUGUACAAGAGGCCUACCACUGACUGAUCUUGUGAGGGAGCUCAUGGAGAAGGUGGAGGAAAAAUUAUCAGACCAAAAGGAUAAGGAAAAUUUCAAGGCAGCUUUUGACACCCAAGGGAAUGGACUUCCUCAUGGGUGUGAUGUUUUGACAACCUUAAGGCUGCUCAUCAUUGCCCUUUGUGGCGAGCAAUGCGGCUUCAAGGAGCAGAUCAGCCGGGUCGUCAUGCAAGGGGGAGAGGGUGUGUGCGUUCAUGCCAGUGUGGUGGGAGGGGUUCUGGGGCUCAUAUUUGGCUACUCAAACCUCCCACAAGACUGGCUCAUUCAGCUUCCCCAAGAAAAUAUUAAGUUUAUGAAUUCAAAACUGAACCUGCUGCUUGAUCUUUUUGGUUUACCCUAAAGGAAGUUGUUUUUACCUUUUUGAUAUUUAAUUGUUGCUGUUGUUAUUGUUGUUUUUCUUGUUGAUUGUUAAAGCCUUAUUACUUUUAUGACACAUCAUUUGUAGUCAGGCUGUUGAUCUGUUAGGAAAGUCUAUUUUGUAUAAAUACACAGUUUGGCCCAAGGUGAGAUUAUCAGUUGCUCCAGUAACUGUCCAAAAUUGGGAUGCCCUUGAUAAAGAAAAGACUCCAACAGUGCCUUUAAAUGUAUACGUUUCUUAUUUCCCACUAUUCCGAACCUUUACCCUAGAUCAGUGGUUCUUAAACUUUUUACUAUCCCGCCCCCACUAGGAAUGAAUCUUUCCCUCCACACCCCCCUUGCAUAUAUGUCCAUGCACUCGUUAAGAUAAUUGAUAUUCCAGCAACAGAAAUUCCAACUUUUCCCCCAAGAUUCUCAGCUCCCGUGGAUAUUACUAACCCCCUCCUCCCCAGUUUAACCCGGUAGCAGCGACGGGCCAAAUUUGUGGCUUUACCGUGUAGCAGUGACGGGCCAAAUUUGUGCCAUGAUUUAAACCCCCCAAACUAGAUGAUGCAUAAACUGAUCACAAAUGCUUUGAUAUAUAUUAUGAAAUGGUUUGUGUGAGGGGUGAUUUUUUUCUCAUUUUUCUCGCUCAAAGGGACCAUUAAGAAACAUGAUCCCCGCUGCUACCGGGAUAAGAACCACUGCCCUAGAUCAUCUGGUAUACCUGUUCUUAUAAGUUGUCUUCCUCUAUAAAUGACCAUGACAGCAAAGUAUAGUACUCAUUGGUAACAUUAUUCUCAUACACAUAUUAUUUAAUGGUGCUAUAUUUUAUGCUUUUACAUCACUGCUAUAUUUUUACAUGUGUGAUGGACAGAUAAAGUGAAAAGUAAAUAAAUAUAAAAAGUGA